UUUGUGCAGGGUUGUGAUGCCUCGGUCCUCCUUGACCCAACCUCGGCCAACGCACAGCCAGAGAAGCUUGGAAUCCCCAAUUUCCCCAGCCUCCGCGGCUUCGAGGUCAUAGACGCGGCCAAGGCCGCACUCGAGAAGGCAUGUCCCGGCAUCGUCUCAUGCGCCGAUAUCGUUGCUUUGGCUGGUCGCGAUGCCAGCGUCAUCUUGAGCAACGGGAAGGUGAACUUCAACAUGCCGUCUGGCCGCUACGACGGGCGCGUGUCCAUUGCCAAUGAGACCCUCUUCAACCUGCCCCCGCCUUUCGCCACCCUCCAGCUACUCAAGGAUAUGUUCGCCUCCAAGGGUCUUUCCACAGACGAGAUGGUCACCCUCUCCGGGGCGCAUACCGUUGGGAUCUCCCACUGCUCGUCCUUCUCAGACCGCCUCCCUGCCAACGCCUCGGACCCCUCGUCCAUGGACGAUAAGUUAGCCAAAUCGGUGCAGCGGCAAUGCAACAAGACCGGUGACCCCACGGUAGUGCAAGACGUCGUCUCCCCUAGCUUCCUCGACAAGCAGUACUACCAAAACGUGCUCAAGCGUAAAGUGCUCUUCAACUCGGACGCCGCACUCCAGUCGCCCGAGACAAUAAACGAGGUGAGGCUCAAUGCCAGGAUCUCUGGGCGAUGGGAGAAGAAGUUCAAGGCAGCUAUGGUGAAGAUGGGUAGCAUCGAGCUGAAGAGCAGUGCCACUGGGGAGAUCAGAAAGCAGUGCCGGUUCGUCAACUAGAUGUUGUCACAAGAAUGGAAGCGCAUCUCACCUUGACGCGAAUAAGCUAGCUCUUCGUGUUUGCUGUUUUCGAUUGAGUUGUCAUUGCUGUUUAUUUUUCACUAAGAUUUUUGUUCA